AUGGCCUUAAAAACAGAAGAAUACGUAAGUAAACGUGACGAAAAGAUCUACAACUAUCAGGCCGAGUUAAAAGAGUAUCCGACACUGCACCAUCAUACGGCCGAUGACGAUUUGAAUAUAGAUUACAAUUUUCUCAUCACCGGUGGCUACCGGCCCAAAAAACAGAACCUCACAAAAUAUUUGGUUUCGAUUAGUAGCGAGAAGAUGACAAAAUUCUUCGGUGAUGGACAUUUUUGUGGUGGUUCUAUUAUUAAGCCGAAUGUUAUUGUAACCGCCGCGCAUUGCAUACGCAAAGACAUGUAUGGCCUGCAGAUGCUUAGAUCCGUUAUUGUUAUAGCUGGUACGCCAAAUCGUUUUGAAAAAACCCCUAAAACACAAGUUAUGAAAGUGAAGCGUUACGUCGUUUACCACGCGUCUACCGGCGGCGAAUCAGCUGAUAUUGCGCUAAUUGUGCUGCAGAAAAACAUUCGUAUCGAUGGUGUAACUACAGACAUUUUACCGCUUGCCGAUAAGCCACCCAAAGCAUGGAUGCAUUGCACCGUUGUGGGCUGGGGAAGAGUUUUCGAUCAUGGACCACUGGUGGCCGAACCUUUGUAUGUGGAUUUGGAUAUGUGGUCGAUACGUAAAUGUGCAUCGUACAAACGGUUUUAUGAACCUUCAUUGUUAUGUGCGGGCGUGCUAUAUGAUCCCGAUCGUGAUUCGUGCUCUGGUGACUCGGGUGGACCUUUAAUAUGUGAGGGAAAAUUGUAUGGCAUUGUGUCGUUUGGCAUCGGCUGUGGCACGCCUGGCUUCCCCGGCUUCUAUACGAACGUGUUUAGGUACUUGAAGUGGAUAGCUGAAAAUCGUGCGGAUUUCUUUGGAAUUAACUAUAGUCUAAUAGUGUUUAUGGGCUUUUGUUUAACGCUUUUAUGA